AAAUGAUAUAUAGUCUCAUCAAAUCAGUUUUUCAAUAUCUAUCUAUCUACCACUUUACCACAUGAAUGAUGGACCUAAACAAUCAUAUAAGACUUGCUCUCUUGCUCAUCUUCAUGUGCUUAUCUAUCAAUUUUGAAGCAAAUGAAUGUUCAAACCAAACUUCAUCACUGAAAAAUCAGAUUCUUGAGGUUGCUAACAACCCCAACACAGUGAAAUGGAUGAAGCAAAUAAGAAGAGAAAUCCAUGAAUAUCCAGAACUUGGAUAUGAGGAAUUCAGAACAAGUUCUGUGAUAAGGCGUGAGCUUGACAAGUUAGGUAUAUCUUAUCAAUGGCCUGUUGCUAAAACUGGAGUUGUUGCUAAAAUUGGUUCUGGAUUUCCUCCAUUUGUUGCUCUUAGAGCUGACAUGGAUGCUUUGCCAAUUCAGGAACUUGUUGAUUGGGAUCAUAAGAGCAAAGUAGAUGGGAAAAUGCAUGCUUGUGCACACGAUGCCCAUGUUGCGAUGCUUCUCGGUGCUGCAAAGAUACUGCAAGAAAUGAAAAAUAAAUUAAAGGCUACUGUUGUUCUUAUAUUCCAACCAGCGGAGGAAAAAGGCAUAGGUGCGAGAGACAUGAUCCAAGAAAAUGUGCUUGAAGAUGUAGAGGCUAUUUUCGGAUUGCAUUUAGCGACACAGUAUCCCUUAGGUGUUGUUGCAUCACGACCGGGGGAUUUUUUAGCAGGAUGUGGAAGCUUCAAAGCAAAGAUCAAAGGGGGUUUAGCGGAAAUUCCGCAGCAUUGUCUUGAUCCUGUUUUGGCCGCUUCAAUGUCGGUGAUUAGCUUGCAAAACAUUGUUUCAAGGGAGGUGGAUCCUUUAGAUUCCCAGGUAGUUUCUGUGGCAAUGGUACAUUCAGAGUCUGCUCACGAACUCAUUCCUGAUUCAGUAACAUUUGGAGGCACUUAUAGAGCAAUAAGCAAAAAGAGCUUCAAUGCACUAAGGCAAAGGAUAGAGGAGGUUAUCAAAGGGCAAGCAAAAGUACAUAGGUGCACUGCAGAGGUUGAGUUCUUUGGUAAAGAACAUCCAACAAUCCCUCCAACUACAAAUGAUGAGAGAAUACACCAACUUGGAAGACAAGCAUCAAGUAUGAUUGUUGGAGAAGAGAACAUAAAAUUAGCACCAACCUACACAGCAAGUGAAGAUUUUGCAUUUUACUUGGAAAAAGUUCCCGGCUCAUUUUUCCUCUUAGGUAUACAAAAUGAGAAGGUUGGAUCCAUAUAUUCAGCUCAUAGUCCUCACUAUUUUAUUGAUGAAGAUGUUCUUCCAAUUGGUGCUGCGAUACAUGCAGCAUUUGCUCUUUCAUAUCAUUCACAUUCAACAAUUUCUUAUCUUUAGUAACUCUUAAAUUUAAUUAUCUACCACUUAUAUGUGAACAAUUAAUAAUAUCAGAUGUUAGAGGAGAAAUUAUAAUAGAGGCAUGUUAAAUUUGAUGAACCUUGCUAUUACAAACUAGUAUUAAAUAAAUAUUAAAUA